AUGAAGUCAAAUUUUUAUAACGAACUACAUAAAAACCGUAAAAAGUUGGCUAAUAAUACUAGUUUUUUGUCUGAUGAAAAAUAUAAUGAAUUAAUAGAAAUUAUUUCAGAACUUAAAGCUGGACGUAAGAAAAAAGAGCCUAAAGACUUCCGUUUAAUCAAAAGAUAUAAUGUGCUGGUUGUACAAGGAAAAACGAAACUUAUAUUCCCUGUAAAAGACGACAAUGUUGUUUUGUAUUAUGUGCCAACCAGUGAGCUAUUUGAUAUACUGCAAGCCACACAUGUAUCAAUAGGACAUGGUGGGCGUGAUCGAAUGAUCAAAGAACUUGGUAAUAAAUAUAAAAAUAUAACACGUAAUGAUAUAGAGACAUUUUUGCAUUUUUGUGAACCAUGUCAACAAAAACAAAAAGGUUCAAAAAAAGGAGUGGUAGUUAAACCAAUAAUAUCUUCAGACUUUAAUUCCCGAUGCCAAGUUGAUUUAAUAGACUUCCAGUCUCAUCCUGAUGGAAAAUUUAAAUUUAUUAUGGUGUACCAGGAUCACCUCACUAAAUUUGUUGUUCUUAAGCCCCUCGAAUUUAAACGCGCUGAAGAGGUAGCCUAUAAUAUUAUAGAUAUUUUUACGUUGCUUGGAGCUACAACUAUCAAAUUAAAUAACGAAAACGCCAAUGUCAUGCGAACUAGAGCUAAGGAAAAUCUUGAAAAUCAAGCAAAAAAAAUGAUGGCGUGGUCGAAUAAGAAGCUAUUACCGGUGGCAAUUCAUUCAACUGUACGUGUUCCAGUUCCUGAGGUAGAUAAAGGACGUUUAGAUGCACGAAGUAUACUGGCAAUUGUUUUAGAGGUGACAAGUGAUGGUUUUUAUCGAUUAGGAACACGGGAUGGAGUUCUGAAGCAAUUAUAUGCUAGAAGUCAGUUUACAGCAUGUCAGAAAAAGCUACUACAAAUUGACGAAGCUCCAAUAGACACAGAAGUGGCAUUACGAACAGUCGCAAAGGAACAGUCUACAGGAACUGGCCAAGGAUUUUUAAAAUGUGUUUGUAAGACCAAGUGCCAAAAUAAAAAGUGCAUUUGUCUUAAAAAUAAUGUUUUGUGCACUUCAAAAUGUCAUUUUCUACAUCAUGUUGUAAUAAGUAGCUAUUAGUUUAAGUAAAAUGUAUAAAUAAUAUUACUUAAUAAAAUAAUAUAAUACAAUAAUAAUAAUAACUAUGUAUAAAAAUAUAAUAAUAGAUAAAAAUUAAAAUAAUGUUUUAACAGAAUAUGAAAAAUUGUUUGUUACUUUGCCUAAAAAGAAAUUGGCGUUUUACAUAAUGCCUAGGUAUUUUAUAAAAUACCUAGGUUAUAUGUAAAAUAAUAUUAAAUAUUAUAUGUUUUAUUUAUAUUGCCUAAAAUGGGUCGGCAAUAUGCAUAAUGCCUAGGUAGUUUGCAAAAUACCUAAAUUUUCUAUAUUGCCGGUGACAUAUAUAAAUAUAAUAUACAAUAACUCAUUAGCAUACAUAAUAUUAUAAAUUGUAGUAUUAUGCAAUAUACUAAUUAAUUACUAUUCUUAAUCUUAAGAUUUAUUUUAAAGAGAACCGAAGGGGGAUAUUUUGGAACCGGACAAGAACCGGAACCGAUAAUUUUUGAAGACCCGGCACAUCCCGAAUUUUUUACUAGAUACCUAUUACUACUACAAUAAUUAUACUAUAAUAUUAUGAUAUAAUUUUUAAUUAAUUUGCCCUAGACCGCAUACUAUUCUCGUAAAUUCAUGGGUAGACCGCAUACUAUACGACAGCCCAUAAAUGUAUUGUGUGUCUAUACUAAUAUACAGUGCUCGAGUCUUAUAGCACUAAAAAAUCAUGAAAUAUGCGCUAUUAUAUGCACCGAAAAAAUGUAAAAUAUGUGCUAUAAUAUGCACUACAAAUAUGAAAAUAUGCUUAAAAAAUUAUUUAUUUAAAAUUUUUAUUUAGACAUUUAUGAAUUUAUAAUUAUUAAAAUUUAAAGAAAAUUUUUUAUA